GGGCGAGCGGGCGGGCGGCCGUGUUGACGCGGCGGCGUCGGCGCGUGCGCAGCGCGGCCCGCCGUGUUGUUGUGGCGGGUGCGGGCAGGCCGGGCGCGGGCCGCGGCGCCGAGCAGACGCUCCAGCUGCCGAGGCAGAACUCUGAGGUAAAACAGUUUGAGUCUGUGUAAGCCAAGUAUCGAUCUCAUCUUUCAUUCUCAUCAUGUCAAAGGACUGAUUGGGCUCCGGAACCCGUGUGCGAGGAGCAGCAGCCCCGCCGACCCCGGGCCGCCCCUCCCGCUCUCAUCCCGCCUGGGUGGAUGGUGUGACGGGCCCCACCAUGGGCGGGGCGGUGAGCGCCGGGGAGGACAACGACGACCUGAUCGACAACCUGAAGGAGGCGCAGUACAUCCGCAGCGAGCGCGUGGAGCAGGCCUUCCGCGCCAUCGACCGCGGGGACUACUACCUGGAGGGCUUCCGCGACAACGCCUACAAGGACCUGGCCUGGAAGCACGGCAACAUCCACCUCUCGGCGCCCUGCAUCUACUCCGAGGUCAUGGAGGCGCUCAAGCUGCAGCCGGGGCUGUCCUUCCUGAACCUGGGCAGCGGCACUGGCUACCUGAGCACCAUGGUCGGCCUCAUCCUAGGUCCUUUUGGAAUAAAUCACGGGAUUGAGCUGCACUCAGAUGUGGUGGAAUAUGCCAAGGAAAAGUUGGAGAGCUUCAUCAAAAACAGCGAUAGCUUUGAUAAAUUUGAGUUCUGUGAACCUGCAUUUGUGGUUGGCAAUUGCCUGCAGAUAGCAUCAGAUAGCCAUCAAUAUGAUCGGAUUUAUUGUGGAGCGGGAGUUCAGAAAGAUCAUGAGAACUACAUGAAAAUACUCCUAAAAGUCGGUGGCAUUCUAGUCAUGCCCAUAGAAGAUCAGCUAACCCAGAUCAUGCGGACUGGCCAGAACACCUGGGAGAGUAAGAACAUCCUGGCGGUGUCCUUUGCCCCGCUGGUGCAGCCCAGCAAGAACGACAAUGGCAAGCCGGACUCCGUCGGGCUCCCGCCCUGCGCCGUGAGGAACCUGCAGGACCUGGCGCGCAUCUACAUCCGCCGCACCCUGCGGAACUUCAUCAACGACGAGAUGCAGGCCCGGGGGGUCCCGCCGCGCGCCCCGCCGAAGCGGAAGCGGAAGAGGGUGAAGCAGAGGAUCAACACGUACGUGUUCGUGGGGAACCAGCUCAUCCCGCAGCCCCUGGACAGCGAGGAGGACGAGAAGAUGGAGGAGGACGCCAAGGAGGAGGAGGACAAGGAGCAGGGCGAGGCCAUGAGGCCCGAGGAGCCGCCGCAGAACCUGCUGAGGGAGAAGAUCAUGAAGCUGCCCCUGCCCGAGUCCCUGAAGGCUUACUUGACGUAUUUCAGAGAAAAGUAGCCUAGAGAGAGUACCUGCUGAUAAUUCCUUUAGUCUUGAACAUGUAGCAUUCGUUAGGAGUCAAAAAGAGAAUUUUUUUUUUCCUUCAUCAGAGCAAAUGAUAGUGGAACACACAUAACUUGUUUCUGUCUUAGUAAUACAAAUUCUGUAUUUAGUGAUUUCAAAGAAUCCCUUUUAUAAAAUCUAUUUUUCUUUAAAUCUUGGGAAAAUUGCUGUUUUAACUCAGUGACUUCAGGAGUGGAGUGCAACCGUAGCCGAGACUCGUGUACUGUAAGUCCUUUCUGAUUCCUCGCAGAGUGUAGUGGUGAGGGUUAGAGUUAAUUUUGUAUAAGGCUACAUAAUUGUUAUGCUUCUAUAAGCAGAUUUAAAUUGCAAUUGUUCGCAUUUCCUCUCUGACAGCUUUUUCUCUCUGAAGGGAAUCAGAUGCUCCGUAGACCCCCCCCCCCUUUGGUUGACUCCCUGUUGCUGCGUUGCAAUAUGAGUGCAAUAACCACACAGAUGAUUUAGCUUUAAGACAGGUUUGGAGAAGUUUCAAGUUCCACAGCACCGCUACUUUUGCUUUUGAAUAUAUGCCAAAAGACCAGGGGGAGGCGGGGCGGGGGGGGGGGGGUACCUGCUUCUCUCAUGGAGACCCUAAGAGCACAUCGAGUGGAUAUUAAAGUGAGUCCCACGGAGCCCUGGGUCCGGAGGCCCCGUUCCACUCGCAGCUCUCAGACCUGUGAGGGGUUUGGCUCGGGGCCGGGGAGGUGUGCGGGCAGCAUUGCCUCCUGCCUCCUGCCACUGGGCCGGGGCUCGUGGAGGGGAAGCCACUGCUGUCGCUUGGCUGUACAGACAGAGGAAGAGGGGAGCUCGGGCGGCCCCCGAGCGGCCUCGGGGGUGGGGGGCUGCAGGUGCACUUUAGGUGGGACUUCCCGCCCAUCUGACUGUUUAUCCCUUAGCGGAGCGGGACUGACGGGCGACACUGGCUCUGAAGCCCGUCCUGGCAGGGUAAGAAGCGUCCGCAGGAGCCGUACAGAAACAAACGCCUUCUGGAGGAUCCUGUUCAGAAUCACAGUGUAAACUCGGGGACCCACGUUGUGGCCGUUUCGCCAUGAUCAUGCUCUUUUCAUCCCUUUCGGUUAAAAUCAUGAUUCUCCUGUUUUGCUUCGUGUCACACACUUCAGCUCGGCAUCAGUCGGGUGCUCGAUGCGGCUUGGUAGUGAUGAACCCAGUGGCGAGCGCCGAGGGGAGUCCUCCCCGCAAGGCCUGCCACGGUCGCGCCUUGCCAAGUAUGCAGUGUAGCGUUUGUGUCACAUGGAUUAUUUACGUUUUAAAAGGAAAAGCUUGAGAGUGUCACGUAUGACCACCAGCACCACUGUCCUAGUUGAUAAGAUAUGCUUAAGGAACCCGGUGUGCGCGUGGAGAGAGAUCUCUGCUAAGACUCCGCUGCUGCUAAUAGAUAUAUGGUUUUAAAAAUCUCAGCACUCAUCAUUUUACAUACCUUAAAAUAAGUGUUUGAAUUUAUUCUAGUCAUGAAUUAUUCCAAGUAAAGGAGGAUAUUUUUAGUAGAACGCAAGAUUAUUUUAUUGAAGGUAUUUAUUUUAAACUAGUAACUUGGGCUAAGGAUUGGGGCAUCUCCAUUUAGGUCACCACUAAGCAAUGCCCGGUCUCAUUUCUCUCAAGGAAAAAGUUCGAUACAAUCGUGUUUUAUUUUGAAUUAGAUAUUCAUUUGAGAAAACUAGGGAGGGUCCUCUUCCCUCUACCCACCCACAAGCCAGCUCUCACCUCUUUGUUACGGCUGGUGUCCAGAUUUAUAAACAUGUAUAUGCUUAAAAGAUCUUACCAUUGAUAAGAGUAUUAUUUGAAGAUUGACUUUCAUAUCAUUUUUCAUUCUGUUGAUCUUAGGAAAGCAUCCGGUAGAUUUUCAUGAAUAGUGCAUAUAUGUUGUCAUUGAAAACAUCUUUGUUUUUAAAAUACAUUUACAGUUACGGCUAUUAUUGACUUUAACUAGAAAUGAAAUAUGAAAAUUCAAGAGAAAUCCCUUUUAUCUUCUAAUGAGGAUAUGUUGUAAUAUUUGGGGGUUUUGUUUAUUUUAUAAUGAAUUUAUGUUUACUUUAAGAUAAUUAUGCAUUAUAGGUGGAGAAGUAGCAAAUAAAGAUGAAGUAAAAUUGUGUAAAAGUGAUGAGGAAUAUAUUCAUGGUAUUUUAAAGUCAGAUAAAACAAUAUAAAUAAUUUAUUCUAGUCUUAUUUUAUAGAGAGAAAGUAGACCUAGAGAGGUAAGAUGAUUUUCUUGAGUCAGACAGUUAGUUGAAAUCAUCUCAGAAUAGUACCUAGCAUCUGAUAUAUCCCAAGAAACUGUCAACGGCACCACAAAUAUUUUAAAAAGCAAUUUAAAUUUAUAUUGCUUAUUGGUUGGUAUAACAGGCUGUAGUAGUAAUAGAGAAAAAAAUGUCUAAAAAUUUUAGCAUAUUUAGUGGAUAAAAUGAAACAAAAAGUGCAAGCGUUGGUUUCUAGCUGUUUGAGAGGAUGAAAGUGAAGCAAAACUUGUUAAAUUAUGGGAAGACUUGGAAAAUUAUUUUAAAUAAACAGUUGCAUAUAAUUAAGCAUC